AUUUGCUUUGCAUCUCAACCGAAUUCAAACAUUUGUUUGGGUGGUAAAGUUUGGUUCCUCGUUCCAAUUUGGGAAACGUUUUUCUUCUUUUUCAUUCUGUUGAAGAUGCCUUAUUGUGAGCUGAGCAGCAAUGGGAUCCGACUGUUCUACAGGAGAUAUGGCCAUGGGAGCACCAAAGUGCUCUGCAUCAUCGGAUUGGCCGGAACCCAUGAUUCUUGGAGGCCGCAGAUAAAGGGAUUGAUUGGGGAUUUGAAGCCCAGGGAGGAGGAGGAAGAGGAAGCCGCGUCGCCUGGGCCAGAGGAGGCUGGAGGAAAGCGAUCGGAUGUGGCCGAUCAGAAGCGGCAGGAGGAGGAGGAAGAGGGCGGGAUCGAGGUGUGCUGCUUCGACAACCGCGGGGCGGGGAGGAGCUCCGUGCCAACCACAAAAUCCGACUACACAACAACGAUCAUGGCCAAAGAUGCUCUGGCUCUGUUGGAUCACUUAGGCUGGGAAAAAGCUCAUGUGUUUGGUCACUCGAUGGGAGCGAUGAUUGCAUGCAAAUUGGCAGCCAUGGCCCCUGAGAGGAUUUGCUCCUUGGCGUUGCUCAGUGUAACAGGAGGUGGCUAUGAAUGUUUCCCCAAGAUUGAUCUGCAAACACUGUCCUUGGCAUUUCGCUUCUUAAGAGCAAAGACCCCAGAAGAAAGAGCUAGUGUGGAUUUAGAAACGCAUUACACUAAGGAAUAUCUAGAUGAAUAUGUUGGAUCAUGCAAAAGGAGAAACAUUCUUUAUCAAGAAUAUGUUAAAGCAUUAUCAUCGAAGGGAAUGCAAUCUGCGAUCGGUUUUGAAGGCCAAUCCAAUGCAUGCUGGACACACAGUUUAACAUCUAACGAGCUACGCACCAUUCAUACCUCGGGUUUUCUUGUUUCUGUCAUCCAUGGAAGGUGUGACAUUAUCGCACAGUUGGAACAUGCAAGGAGGCUUGCGGAGAAGUUGCAUCCUGUUGCAAAAAUGGUAGAACUUCGCGGCGGACAUCUAGUGAACCAUGAGAGGCCAGAUGAGAUUAAUGGUGCUCUCAUGGACUUGAUAAAGGCUUCAAAGUUGAAGUUGAAACCAGAGGAGUGGUCAAGCUUUGCAGUAAAACAAUCAGGUUGGCUUGUGAUGGGAGAACAGAUGCCACUUGCAAAGAGAAACAAUCAUGGAGCCAGUCCUCUUCUAAUAAUGUUCAACCUACUAGGAAAGCUACCACUAAGCUGCAUUUAUUUCUUUGGAUCUUUUAUUAUGGCAUGUGAAAACAUGAAAAACUCCUUCAACAUACUGAAGCCAGUCAGAGUCGCAGCUUUGGAUUCCUGAGAUCUAUUUUGCAGGAAUGUUAAGAUAAGCCAAUCGCCUUUACAAUAGGAAUGGCAACCAACAAUUUGUAUAUUCUGAUCUAGUGAUAUCCUUAACAAUGUGUAAAAAGUUCCACCUGCUCAAAGAAUAAGAAGCAGAGAACCACUGACCUUGUGUCGCUCAUCACCGGAAUGUGAGUUAAUUGAAUAACCACACUGCUUGCUCAUUCAAAGGGGCAUCUGUCGCUGUCUCAUCUAUCUUUUUCUGCGUCAUGCUUCCUCUUCCUUUUUUGUUCUUGAGGAAGAGAUGUGAUCCGUGCAUCAAGGAUGAAAGCAAAUCAGAUUUCACUUGAUUUGGAUAUGCUGCUUCUUGACCCUGUAUCGGAUAUCGACAAGGAAUAACUAUGAAAAAUGCUCUCCAGUCUUUAAUGAGAAGAUACAUAUUUUAGCUUU